AUGGUAUAUCGAGCAGUCACAAUUUGCUCUUCGUAUGAAUUGAUGCAUAAAGAAUUUGACUUUAUUGAAAAAAUAUCAGUGAAAAAUGGAUAUCCAAUAAACUUCAUCAAAUGUCAAAUUCGAAACACAUUAAACAGACAUUUUGAACAAAAUGGAAAUAAAACUGAAGAUAUACCAGGACGUAAACAUGAAUCAAAAGAUACCAUGAAAAAAGAACAAAUAUUCGUUGAUCUUUCUUUUGUUGGAAAACCAACUGAAUUACUUGGGAAGAAAAUUAUUAAAUUGGCAAUAGAAAUACGUCUACAAAUACAUAUUCAACCUAUCCCUCGUCCACCGCCAGCCAUAAAUAAAUGUUUUCCUACGAAAGACUCUAUUCCUAAAGAACUUCAGUCUAAUAUAAUAAAUCAAGUUGGUUGUAAAAAUUGUCCUGCAUCCUAUAUGGACAAAACGAUACGACAAGCUAUACGCAGAUUUUCAAAUCUUUAA